AUGCUGUCGCAGCUAUGGAAAUAUUGUGCGAAUGUUCAUUCAGCUAUCAGAUCUCUUCUUUACGGCUCUUUUGGCUUCAUCCAUCGCCUAGUGCCUCCUUUCAUAAAGGAUUAUUUGUCCACACGUGAAGAGCCUCACAAUCUUGAGCGGUGCGGAGGCCCUCUAUCAGAGAAUGAUUCUCCAACUAUCGCGAAGAACCACGUUUUGAGGUUGGAUGAAAGGGAUGAAGUUGUCUUUCCCAGCAUAAACCCAGAUCUUGUCCCCUAUGAGCCUUUCAACGAAACAUUGGGUCAAGGCUCAACCUCAUUAAUAGCAAGAAUAAAACCGGGUGUCGUCAUCAAAUAUCCCAGGUUCUCGUGGUGGCAUUCUGAGGCAGCCGAUUCACACGCUCUUAUAAAGGAUAUCAAGCGUGGUUUCGAGGUUGAAGAGCGACUUUUGGAUAUCUUAGGGGCACACCCUAGAAUAAUACGCUAUCUUGGUAUCUCAGAGGAGCCUCGUGGAUUACUCUUCGAAGAAGCUAGUGAUGGCAAUUUACAAAUUUACAUCGACCAGCAUCAUGAUGCUAUCGAUCUAUGUCUUCAAAAAAAGUGGUGUCGGCAGGCAGCAGAAGCCGUUCACUAUAUUCACCAAAAGGGUGUCAUUCAUUCCGACCUACGGCCAGAGAACUUUUUAUUACACUCCGACUCCAAGGGCAAGCUCGAUCUUCUACUCUGCGACUUUGGUGGAUCAAUGAGUGGUGAAAUUGACGGUGGACAUCUUCCAGAUUCAGGGUUUUUUAACCCAUGUAAGCCAUGGGUGUCAACAGAGGCUGUAGACAUCUUCAGCCUGGGGUCGGUUUUUUACACGAUAAUGACCGGCCAUUGGCCCUACAAGUCUCCUGGGCCAUUCAAUUCCAUGGCAGAGAAAGAAGACUACGAUGAAUUGGUAGACACGCUCUUUGCUUCUCAAAAGUAUCCUCCGGUCGAUAGUAUACAUGGUGGUACCGUGAUACAAGGAUGUUGGACUGAAAGAUACUACGAUGUAGGGGCACUCAUUCGAGAUCAAAAUUUGUCAGAUAGGUAG